AUGCAAUUACUAAAAGCAGACGAAGAAAUUAGCAAUAUUUAUUUAAAGUAUACAGAAACAUAUAGAGAAUUCUCUAUAAAUAUUCGAAAAAAAAUAAAAUGCCUUAUAGACAAAUCUUUUUCUCCAUAUUCCUAUGAAGAUUCUAAAAUUCUUUAUUCUGUCAACAGUCAUGCAAAUCCGGCUGAACUUAUUCAAUAUGACAUAGAAAAAUUUCAGCUUACAAAAGUCAAUAUUAAUCUGCCUACUCUACCAAUUAGAGACGAAGCCAGCGUAGUUCAACUUCCUAACAAUGAAUUGUUUUGCUUUGGGAAAUCCGACAGAAACCGUUGCCAUGCCUGAAUUAUUGAUUUGAAUUCAUAUCAAAUAAAGCGAACUGUACCGUCUAUACUGUAUUCCAGCAAAUCAGGAAUUUUUUACUAUAAGAGUAGUGUUUACAUCAUAGGUGGGCGUCUGCCUUGAGUUCCUAUGGUUUCCUUGACAAAUUAUGUGCAUUCUUCAAUCAUCCAAGAAACUAUAUGUAUUGUCCUUGAAUUAUUUACUAAUAUCCAUAUAUACCUUUAA